UCUGGGCAGUUCAGGAUUUUGGAAAAGGAGGAGCGCGCACUUUCCCCCUCAUUUCACUACUACUACGUUAGUCACGUUCACGCUCGCAUCACUUCGUAUCCACAUCAAACUUAACAAUAUUUGACACUUUUGGCUCCUGUAUAGCGAUUCUCUUGCUUUGGAUUUUCUGUUGCAUCACCAGCUAUGUUGAUUAUUUUGGCCUUCAUCAUCCUCUUCCACAUCACCUCAGCAAUUUUACUCUUCAUUGCAACUAUCAGAAAUUCAUGGUGGGUUUCGAAUGAGUUCUCCAUAGAUCUCUGGUACAACUGCAACAACACAAAAUGUUAUGACAUACCAAACAGUGCAACCUCUGAUGCAGCCUAUCUUCAGACUAUACAGGCCACCAUGAUACUUUCCACUAUCUUGUGCUGUGUGGGGUUCUUUGUCUUCAUCCUUCAACUCUUCCGUCUGAAGCAGGGGGAGAGAUUUGUCUUCUCAGCAAUCAUUCAGCUCCUGUCCUCUUUCUGUGUGAUGACCGCAGCAUCCAUCUACACAGCAGAGCACUUAAAUUUCAAGAGUGGGGAAUUCAAGAAUGGGGACUAUGGGUACGCCUUCGUCCUAGCCUGGGUUGCAUUUCCCAUGACGCUGAUGAGCGGCUUGAUGUAUCUAGUGCUGAGAAAACGCAAAUAAAGCACAACAUUCCACCUCACUAGCUGCCACCAGCUACAGUCUUAGCAAAGAGACUUUAUUUGUAAUAAUACCUGUUUUUUAUAUGUAGAUUAAAGACAAGCCAAAUUUAGAAUGAAAAGUAGAUAAACUUUUAAUAUCAAUCAUUGCAUACUGGAAACUUAAUUAUAUUUUCUUCAUGGUAUGUUAUGUAGAUUAUUUUUAACCUUGCUGUGUAUAAUUGUGUUUUACCCACCCCUCUGGCAAGAAAAUGAGCUGUGCUGUGAUUUAGAAAGAUAAAAUAGGGGGUGGAAGAAAGAAGACAACAGUGGGUGGUAUAUGAAAAAGGAAAUAUUGGGGGCCUGGAUAGCUCAGCAAGUAAAGACGCUGACUACCACACCUGGAGUCGCAAGUUUGAAUCCAGGGCGUGCUGAGUUACUCCAGUCAGGCUUCCUAAGCAACCAAAUUGGACCAGUUGCUUGGGAGGGUAGAGUCACAUGGGGUAACCUCCUCAUGGUCGCUAUAAUGUGGUUCUCACUCUCGGUGGGGCACGUGGUGAGUUGUGCAUGGAUGCUGCGGAGAAUAGCGUGAAGCCUCCACACGCACUAUGUCUAUGCGCUCAUCAAGCCACGUGUUAAGAUGUGUGCAGAGGAAACUGAGAUUCAUCCUCUGCCACCUGGAUUGAGGCGAGUCACUACGCCACCAUGAGGAUUUAGAGCGGAUUGGGAAUUGGGCAUUCCAAAUUGGGUAGAAAAUUAAAAAAAGAAAAAAGGAAUAUUUAUAACAUGGAACCACUAAAGGCUAGAGAGCCUACCUGUCCUCAAGGCCUACAUGUAUUCAUGGGAAUUGCUUAUGUUUAAUACUCAGCAUGUAGAAAAUAACACACAGAUAUAUUUCCUGGCCAAUAUUGUCAGGGAAUAACCUGAUUGUGCCUAGGAAACUUAAAUAACCAAAUAUGAAAUUAGACUGUGCUGCCAAUUUGCUGAGCACUAUAUCAUACUUGAAGCUGAUCAAAUUGUCAAUGUUAGUGGCAUGAUGUGUUCUCAUGUAUAGGUUUUUUUUUUUUUUUUUUUUUUAGUCUUUUAGUGUUGACUAAUUAUAAUGCAUGUUUUUAUUUGCAGCAUUUAGUUUGAAAUCAAUAUCUACAACAGUGCAAAUUUGUAGUUCCUUAGGUAUUGUAAUAAUUCAGUUUGUUUAAAUAGGGCACUUGGGAUUUACAUUUAAUUCAUGAGAAUACAAUUAUCUUAAAGGGACAGUUCCCCUAAAAUUGCCAAUUCUGUGAUCAUUAACCCACCCUUGUGUUGUUCCUAACAUACACUACUGGUCAAAGUUUUGAAACACUUACUCAUUCUUUAUUAUAAUUUUUUUUUCACAUUUUAGAAUAAUAGUAAAGUCAUCAAAACUAUGGAAUAACAUAAAUGGAACUAUGGGAAUUAUGUUGUGACUAAACAAAAUCCAAAAUAAAUCAAAACUGUGUUAUAUUUUAGUAUCUUCAAAGUAGUCACCGUUUGCCUAGAAUUUGCAGACAUGUACUCUUGACAUUUUCUCAACCAACUUCUUGAGGUAUCACCCUGGGAUGAUUUUUAAACAGUAUUGAAGGAGUUCCCAUCUAUGUUGGGCACUUAUUGGCUGCUUUUCUUUAUUAUUUGGUCCAAGUCAUCAAUUUCAAAAACUUUUUUUUUAUUAUUACAUUUUAGUUUUAUAUUGAAAUAAAUUAAUAUGGUGGCACAAUUAUAUUUUUGUCUACUAAACUAAUUUCAAACAUUUAAGCAUACGCCUUCAGAUCAAAAGAUUUUUAAGAUCAUGAGAAACAUUUCAGUCAAGUGUUUCAAAAUUUUUGACCGGUAGAGUAUAUGACUUUCUUUUCACCAUGGAACACAAAAGGAGAUUUUGGGCAGUGUGUUUGUCUUAGUCACUUUCACCAUUCAAUUAAAGUAAAUGGUGAUUGAGGCAGUAAAGUCUUCCUAACAAUUUAUUAAUUUCAUUUUUUUGGGGUGAACUGUCCCUUUUAAUAUUUUGUUGGUUAAGGAUGGUUUUAUGUCCCCCCUCUCUGUAUGAUAUGUAAACUUUUCAUCAUGUUUCAACACUCAUUUAUGGAAAAAAGCUAUUUGCUAAAAUUGAUUCAAGCAAUAGUGAAAUUAAGCUGUAUUUAUUAAGACUAACUGCAUUGUUGCUGUUAAUAUUUUUGUAAUGAAGUAUUAUUUCAACAGGUCUGAGCACGUUUCUUAAUUGCUCACUUAUAAAAAGGUUUUACUGAAUAUUACUGAAGGCUUUUAAACAAUGGCAGCUUUUUUUAAAUGUCUGCUGACUUGUUCAGGUCUGCUUUGUUUCCGGAGACUGAUCCCCACCAAGGGCUCAAUAUUUUUUCUUUUUUUAAUCAAAUAAAUGUAUUUUACAUUACAAAGCAGUUUGUGACUUUCGUGCUGUCAUGAUAGACACCAAACACCAGAGAUGGAAACUUGAGUCUUAGACUCACUCACCAAAAAAAAAAAAAAAAAAAAAAAGAAAGAAA